UGUAGUGUUAUCAUUUUGAUUGUAAACUGGCAUCGUCCAUUACUACAUUCACAGCCUCACAUGAAUGAACUCUCGGAUUUCAAACCGUGUGUGAAGUGAGUCGAGGCCGCGCGCAGUGUUGUACCGUACGGACUACGGCCUGGGGUUUUGCCACGGAUUUACACGAUUCCAAUGGAUAUACAACGGACACGACAUUGAAGAUGACUUGAGUAACAAGCACAAGAGUGGAUAUUUCGCCAUGGCGAACGUGAAAGUGGCCAUCCGAGUCCGGCCGCUGAGUAAGCGGGAACUUGAUGCCAGGGCACAGUUUAUUAUACAGAUCAACGAAAACACGACGUCGGUUACCAACAUCAAGCUGGAUGGCACCCAGGAAGGCUACGGAGACACGCGGGAUAGGCUGAAACAUUUUGUUUUCGACUAUUCCUACUGGUCUGUGGAUCAGAACUCACCAGACUAUGCCGCACAGGAACAGAUCUUCCAAGACCUGGGCACAGAUGUACUGGCAUCAGCAUUUGAAGGCUACAAUGCAUGUGUGUUUGCAUAUGGCCAAACAGGAACAGGCAAAACUUACACCAUGAUGGGAGACACCGACAGACUCGGUCUUAUACCAAGGAUAAGCGAGGGUUUGUUCUCCAGAAUAGACGAUCAUGUAGGAGAGCGUGUUACCUUCAAGACAGAAGUCAGCUAUCUGGAAAUCUACAAUGAAAGAGUCAGGGACCUGUUGUGCCAUCCUGGUGCCAAGGCAAACACCUACAGUCUCAAGGUGCGGGAACACCCGGAGAAGGGGCCUUAUGUACAAGAUUUAUCAAGACAUUUAGUAUCAGACUACACCUCAUUAGAAAGGCUCAUUCAAAGGGGCAAUGAAAAUAGAACAACUGCUGCCACCUACAUCCAUGACCUCAGCAGCAGAUCACAUGCAAUAUUCACCAUUUACUUCUCUCAGGCCAAAUUAGAAGACAAUCUUCCACGUGAGAUAGUUAGCAAAAUUCACCUUGUAGAUUUAGCUGGAAGUGAAAGGGCUGACCCAAACUACCACAAAGACAGGUUAAAAGAAGGUGCAAAUAUCAACAGAUCUCUGGUAACUCUAGGAACAGUCAUUUCUGCACUGGCCUACCAACAGGAGAAGGGCGCCACAAGUUCGCCCUGGACAUCUGAGAACUCCCUCCUGUCGGCCAGUACGGAGAGUUUCGGCAGCAUCGGGGAUGACCUGGGCUCCUCCCUGGGCAAGGCUGGGAAGAAGAUGGCUUUUAUCCCCUACAGGGACUCUGUACUGACGUGGCUCCUCAAGGACAGCCUAGGUGGAAACGCAAAGACAAUCAUGAUAGCAGCCAUCUCCCCUGCCAGCAUCUGUUACAGUGAAACCAUCAAUACCUUAAGAUAUGCCAGGAGAGCCAAGAGGAUCGUCAACAGACCCAAGAUCAAUGAGGAUCCAAAUGUGCGACUGAUCAGGGAACUCAGGGCAGAAAUCGGGAGAUUAAAGAAACUGCUGCAGAACCACGACAUGGCAAGGUUAUACCUUAUGAAUGGACACAACUCGUACAACAAGAGGAGCUCUACCAUGUCUCUGAAUGAGGACAGGAACCAGGUCAUUACAGAGAUGCUAAUGAGAAAUGAAGAAAAGGUAGAGCAGCUGACAAGAGACUGGUCAGACAAGUGGGAUGAGACCCAGACGAUAAUACAGGACAGUAGACUAGGCUUGCGCCGACCCUGCCGCUCCCCUGCGGCUGUGAUAGUAGACUCUGAGCUUCCUCAUCUUAUCGGCAUGGCUGACACUCUGCUCAGUACAGGCAUUGUCAUUUACCGCUUGAAGGAUGGAAAAACUAUCAUCGGGACAGAAGAAAAUGAAGAUGAACCAGACAUUGUCCUAGAUGGCCCGUUCAUGGAGAAGGAGCACUGUGUGAUCAGGAAUGAGAACAACACAGUUUUCCUCCAUCCUGUAAACAAUGCUGUCUGUGCAGUCAACGGCAUGGACAUCACCACUCCUAUCAGGCUGAAGCAAGGUGCAGUGAUUCUGCUGGGCAAAAUGCACAUGUUCAGGUUCAACAACCCGUUUGAAGCUGCUCGCCUCAGAAGGGAGAGGAGUACAGGAAGUAUGAAUGGAGUCGGCCUGGGUAGCACCAUGUCCCUGAACUCAGAUGGAGAAGGAGACUCUCCCCCUCCUCUCAUCCCCUCACCCAUCUCUCCCAAGAGUGUCCUCAGCCUCUCGUGGGAGUGGGAACGCUACCAGAAGGUGGAAGCAGAGAAAGUGGAAGAAGCAAGACGUCAGCUGGAGGAGCUUCAGCAGCAGCGGGUGCUGGCAGAAGAGGAACACCAGCGUCUGCAGGCUGAGAUGGCAGAGAAGCAAAAGGCCCAUCAAGAAGCCAUCGAGAGACAGCGAGCACUACUGGAGAGACUCAGACAGGAGGCAGACGGCGCGCAGUCUGUGGCAGAGCAGGAGAUCCAGGAGGCAAGGAGAAGACUUGCCCAGGAGAUACAAGAAGCUGAAGAUCUCAAACUGAAGCAGCAGCAGCUGGAGAGACAGGAGUUUGCUGUGCAGACAGACAGCAUGGAAUCCCGGGAGACAGGGAUACAGUACGACGUGAUGGGCCAGCCCAGGGACAGGGCAAAGCCAACCACUCAGUCCGUGUCAACUACAGCCACUACGCUAACGGAUCAGGUCUUGAUUGAUGAGACGCGGCUGAAGGAGCUGCAGGAGAAGGAGCGGCUCUUUGAGCAGCUGCGCUGGCGAAUGGACCACGACACCAUGGCGCUGGAGAUGGACCGAGUUAGUCCCAUCGGGGCUCAGGACGAAAACGUCUACGUCAGCCCCAAGGCCUCCACCGACGACGACUCCUCCAGCGUGGCCACCACCGUCAAGGCUCACCCCAAACUGGGACUGCUGAAGAUGGAGGAGAUGAGCGAGGGGCAGACUCCCUCCACCCUCACCCCCGCCACCAUGACUCCACUCUGUCACUCUCCCAGGAGCGGCUCCCCCACACCCAGCAACUACUCCACCUCCAGCAUGUCCCUGCCCAGCAUGUCAGACUCCAGCAUGUCCAUGUCCAUGGAGCAUAGUGGGCAGAAGAGCAAGGCAGCUCUCACGAGGCGGAGAUCAAGGGAAGGUAGUUCUCCCACCAAGGAGAAACCGUCGCCUACAGCGGAGGAGGUGACGGCUAGGCUGUAUCCUGGCUCUCCCAGCAGUGUGAGGAAAGCCUGGCAGGCAAACUCCAAAGGUGAAAAGGAGGAGGAGGGCUCGGUACCUGUGCCGGAGAGAAGCAAGUCACCAACAACGUACAAGAAGAAUGGGCGUACGUAUGUCAGGAAAAGAGCGCUCCAUGAUGCGAGUGAUGACAACCCCUUUAGUGCAGGUCAGCUUCCUCCUGUGAAACCAAAGACCAGACCUGCCCCUUCCUCAAGUUCAGUAUCAGAAGAUCAUGGCUCUCCUGCUAACGGCACUCGUUCUACCAGUCCUAAGAAGGAACGGCAAAGGCAGCUGCAACCAAAGAGUCCAACAAGAGAACGAAGUUCUGUGUCAACAUUACAGAGUGAAGGCUCUGCAACACAGACAAAGGCAAAAGAACAGAAACAGUCUGUUGUAACUGGUACAACCGUGCAUCGGGAGAAACGUAUCGUGGUCAAGAAAGCGCAGGCAGAAACAGACUCAGUAAGUUUGCUCUUGCAAGAGGCAGGGGAUUCUUCUGAACCACUAACCAAGCCAGAUAAGAAACACAGACCUCGAGUGUUUCAUGUAGAGGACUCUGUAGGAAAGAUAUUACAUGACAGUGGUGACCAGACUGACUCAGGGAUCUCUGUAUCCAUUGAAACCAUGACCACUCGUGUGGAGGUAAAGGCCGACCAAACUCAGACAUUUCCCUUGGAUAGGAGAAAAGUGGAGUCGGAAGAUACCCAAACACCGUCCAGUUUUCUCGAGCAAGUUUCGGCCAGGUUGGAAGCAGUUCAGCAGACUAAAGGUGCUUUUGAUUCCCAGUCCAAUGCAGACUCAUCAUCAUUUGGCAGCUUUGUUGGAAAAGACAGGGGUGAUAUGUUGAACAGAAGGGCAGUGUCGGCAUCAAGAGCUUCUUCUGUGGCAGAGACUUUGAGUGAAGAUUGGAGCACGGUAUCUGACAGUGCUGCCAUGGCCAAUAUCAAAAAGCGCUGGCCGAGAAGAAGGUUUAUUGACAGGCCAGAAGACGUAUCACCCAUCACCUGGGGACCUACACCUUACCAAAGGCCCAGGUCAGCAGGGGAUGAAAGGAAGCCUCGCUGGUGGUCGGUAGGAGGGAUGGGUGGUGGUGGCGGGGGAUCAGAUACGCCGCUGUCCCUUAGUACAUCUGAUACAGAUUCCCUCUACAGUGUGAGAUCGGCUAGAAGAUAUGGGUCUGCAGACUCCAUCGCACAUGACGCAUUUGCCAGAAGUCUGAGAGGCGAGGAGGGGGCUUCUCCCUCCCCGGCACCCAUCAGGAGAUCUAAGUCUGCAGGUGCUGUGAAGACCACGAGCAGUAGUGUCAGUAUGUCAGCCCUUGCAGAUAUCAGGUCUCGAAGCCCGUCAUCUCGACUCCUUCCCACCCCUCCCAAGAGAAAACCUCCAGUUGGGGGUUCAAGAACAACCUCCCCUCGCAGUCCUGCUGGAGCAAAGUCUGCAACCAAACCUAAACUAGACAUUUCAAAGAGUGCAACCUCGCAAGAGAAAAGAGUACUCUCACCUACAAAGCCGCAAAAGUCACUAGGUGCCAAACCCAAACGGGAAACGUCCCCAACAAAAUCAGUAGAGAGGAAAGUUUCUUCAACAAAAGCUGCUAAAGAUGAAACGUCGCCAACAGAAGCUGCUAAAUCUCCAACAAAGACUGUGAAAAGAGUAGGCUCGCCUCCUAAAACUGGUUCUGGAACAAAAUCACCUACAAAGACCACUUCUCCCACAAAGCCACUGCCCCCAACCAAGCCAACUAAAGCUGUCUCUUUACUUGCCACAAAGUCGAAGAGCCAAAUGCCCAAACCACCAAUCACAAGACCCAAACCCAAGCUGGAUGAUCUCAAGAAAAAAGUCAAGAGCACACCAAGAAGUGAACCAGAUGGCAAGGCAAGAGAAGACAAGAAAGUCAAGCCUCCUGUCCCCAAGAAACCCGCAAGCCUUAGUAGAGAUAGUAAGGCUUCUGUGGGUAAGACUGAUGCAGUCCCUAAAGUGACCAGUCCAGUCAAGAGAAAGACACCUUCUCCUGCUGCAAGAUCUCCCUCUGUAACAUCUCCCACACGCUCUUCUCCAAGGUCUUUUCCAAGUGAUGCUUCCACAAGGUCCGAUCCUUCAGUUAAGUCCAAGUCUCCAUCAGAAGCUUCUUCCAAAUCUGACAGCAAAGGCAGAAAGUCCAAGUCUCCUGUACAAAAAGGGUCAACAGGGAAGCCAAGAAAAAUCACAUCCUAUGUUAUAGGCCCAGAGCCCAAUGUAGAAAAGUACAGGCCAAAAUCCAAAGUCCGUGCACAUAUCAAGAAGACACUUGCAGAAAGAGCAAAGAGAGGUGAUACUCCAUCCAGUCAGGAAGGCUCCAUUCUGAGUGGUGGCACUUCAUCUGUUUCCAUAGCAAUGGAUGAUGUCAUGACAGAGGCCACAGAGGAGAGUGUCUACUCUGAUGACUCUCUGGAAGGAGAAGAGGGUGCUGAAAGGCCUUCCAUUCCAAAGGCCCCUACUGUACAUCCCCUGCCCAUCAAGGAGAGAAUUGAGGCAAGCUCUGACAAUGAGAGUAUCUACUCUGUGGACUCUCUAAUGGCUGAGGGGGAGACUAGUCCUGAGAGUGACUCCCUCAUGGUGAAAAAAGUGGGACGCAAAAAGGUCAGUAAGGACCCUUCAGAAGUAGAAGCAGACAGUCUGGACAGUGCCGAUUCUCUUGAAGAUGCAUGGGAGGAUGGAGCAGUGGCAGCUUUAAAGAAGGCAGUGGAGGCUGGUGACGGGCAGGCAGCACAAAGAGGAGUAAAUGUCCACAUCGAAGCCACGGCAGAAAUGCAGUCUUCAAUGGAAACUGUUUCCACAGCUGUGAGCUCUGAUGUGACGUCACAGACAACAGAGGGAGGAGACGACGCCUCGUCUGUUAUUGAACUCGGGGAAGAGAUGAUGGUUGAUGCAGACGUCACAUCAGCCAGUGCUGCUGGGUUGGAAGAGGAAAAGUCUUCAGUUGACGUGCCUACACAGGAAGACAGGGUAACUACAGAAGAGGUGACACGGCCAGCUGCUACAAGUCCUACAUCACUGAACCUUAAGGAAGUGCCACAGAAGCCUGCGGAAGAUGGAGAGAGUCCAUCUGAGAAGGACAGCCUUGCAUCAGAUAGCUCUCCUGACAAGGAGGCACGUGCCGGAGUACCGGCAGUGAAACCUUCAUCUGGAGACGCUGCUGCUGACGGGGAUGAUGAAGCUGCCAGGUAUUCUGCUGACUCACUGAAUGAAGCUGACAGUCCUACAGAGGCAAAACCUGGGAAGUCUGAGAAGGCUGCUGUUAAUGGCAAGGAAGUUGCUAUUGUUGAUGAGCAAGGAAGACUAACAAAAGAGGAUCAGCAGCAGCAUACCCCCAGCAGUGCUACAGGAGAAAGCGUGGACAAAGAUGUAACACAAGAACAAGAUACCCCUGCACCUGUAUCAAAGACAGUUGAUUCAGACAAUGACAGCAUGCAUUCGGAUGAUUCCCUUGCUGACACCAAGGAGGGCAGUAGCUUACCUGCAGGCAAGCAGCAACCUUCAAGACCUGCACGGAAAGUAAGAUACACCAGAAAACUUCCCUCAGAGACAGACACGUUCUCUGAUGAUUCCCUGUCAGACAGAGCCCACAGGUCAUCUCCACCUAAGAUCCACAGACGAGUCAAACAGCUACAAGACAGUACAGAGUCAGAUGGGGUUUACUCAGUGGACUCACUGUCAGAAGAUGAGCCCAAGUCACCCAGGAAGACUCCAGCAGCCAGGAGGGUGAGCUCCGAGGUAGGGGAGGCUUCUAUGCCGGCAGCAGAACCAAUAGCAGAAGAGGACAAGGAAGAAUCUUCAAGGGCUGAUGACCAGGUGUCUGAAGACUCAUUAGGGGAAGAAGGAGGGGCCGAAGAUAAAGAUGAUGAUAAACAGCAGGGAAGUGAAGUCCUAGAGGAAGACAGUGUAACAACAGUCGAUGAAAAGCAGAGCCAACCAGCAGAGAUUGAUCAAGACAUACCAGUAGUGCCACAAGAAGGGACAGAGCAGGAAACCAAACAGGUUGACUCCAAAAAACCAGAGCCCACUUCAGGGGAAAGGCCUGAUCUUGACAAAGACUGGCAAGAGCUGAAGACCGCAAAAACAGAGAGGGAAGAGACUAAAGAGACAGAGAUGAUCACUCGAGAAGAUGAACUUGCUGAUCAUAGAUACCUCCUAGCUGAGGCCAACAGGAGCAGUGAUCAUGAAGUUGACAGUGAUGCCUCCAAUGAGGAGAAACAAGAAAGACUUGACUCAGCUAAUGACGACAGAAGCCCAGAAGCUCCAGCUAUGAAGUUGAAGGAUAAUCUUGCUGAAGAGAGUCAGACAAAACAUCAUGAUGAUGAGCUUUCAGAACCUGAUGGUCAUAUUUCAGAAGAACCUGUAAGAGAAGUGGAGGAGCAAACAUCUACAGACGUGAGAGACAAUCAUUUAGCAGUAGAGUCAACAGUAUUGAGCGACAAAGAACAGAGUGAUGGAAGUGAUUUUGACCUUCCAAGUGUUCUGCACAUAAUUAGUGACAUACAGGCCCAGGCUGUAGAAGUUUCUAACCUCUUGACCACUGAAGAACAGAAAGUCUUGCCAUCUACAGUAGAAAGUGGCCAACAGACAACAAUCAGACCGACUAACAAGACGUUGACAACUGGACCUGUAGUUGUAGAUGAGGUUGGGUUUGAAGAAGUGCAGAGUGAGUCUGCAGAUGUUAGAACACAUACAGAUAAAGCCACAACAGAGAUGCACACUCAGUCUGCUACAAGUGCAGUUGGUACCUCAAGUGCACAGUUCCUGCCCAACGGAGAGAGAUUGACUGAGGAUGCUGAGUCAGGGAGACAUAGCACAGAUAGACCUGAUAUUGAUAGCCAAGGUAAAGUUGUUUGUACAACAGGGACACAGUGGGACAAGCCAGAACAAAGCACAACUGCUGUAGGUACUGAAACUACUGGGCAACAAGACCUUGGCAUCAACACAGAAGAUUCCACUGAUUAUAGUGACAGCACAACAAACACAGAGGAAGAUGUCCACAAGGGUACAGAUACAUCCACAGGAACACAGUCGGACAUGCCAGAGAAAGCGGUAACUACAUUUGGUACUGAAAGUGUUGGGGAAGAAAACUUUGGCAUCAACAUUGAAGAUUCCACCCAGUUAAGUGACAGUGGGACACACAAAGAAGUUGCCUCCAAGUACACAGAUGAAACAACAGGAAGACAGUUGGAUACAUCAGAGCGGUUGUCAGCUGUAGUAGAUACAGAAAGUACCAGACAACAGAACUUCAGCACAGACUUCACCACUGACACAGGAGAUAUCACCCAGUUAAGUGACAGUACAACAACUACAGAACAAUCUGUAUCUGAAUACUCAGAUCCAACAUCGAGGACAAAGUCAGAGCAUGGGGCAAGUGCAGAAGCUACAGUGACCACUGCACAACAAAACCUUGUCACCAGCACAGACGACCCCAUCCAUUACAGUGACAGCAUAGACAGUCACCCAGGUGCAUCAGUAGACACCCCAUUGGACAAGCCUGACCAAAGGGCAACAGCAGUUAGUUCAGAAAGUGCCGAGGAGCAAGACAUCAGCCAGUAUACUGAUAGCAUAGCAAAUACAGAGCAACAUACUGUCCAACACACACAAGUAACAAAUACUGAUGACAUGGAUAUGGCUGGUAGUCAUGAUGAACAACUUGUUGGGGAUUCAGAGUUAACCAGAAGCAGAGAGUUUGCUGCAGGGGACCCAACUGUCAAAUCACCUGUGCAAGGAGGAAGUACAUCUUCUACCAGACCACCUGUUCAAGACAGCAAACCUCACUUGUUUCUGUCUUCAACAUCUUCCAGCACUGAACAACAGAAGGUUGUGUCUCCUGGUGACCUAACCCCACACCUUGAGAAACAUUUCCCAACAAGUCACUUGGUGAAAGAAAGAGCUGCUGCAUCAAGGAAGGUGCGAGAUAAUGCACAGAAGGACAUUGUACCCCCACAGCCUCUUUCUCCUGCCAUAGAAUUCUUUGCUGAGGAGUUUGCCAUCAGGACAGUUGAUGGUGCGAUGAGCUGGAUUUCUCAGGAAAUACAAGAGGGAACCACCAUUGAUGAGCUGAAGUCACAGUAUGAGUCAAACAGGUUGGGCCGUCCUGGGGAUAGCUUCCCUACUCCAGAAACUACUUCAGAGGAAGAAGAUGCAGCUGAUUCUUCAGAGAAAGUUCAAGUCAUACCGUCUCAGCAGGUUAGCACUCCUGCUGAGUUGGUUUUCAGGAAGAUCGUUGUGGAGGGUUCUGAUGUGGAGGAGGAUUCCCUACAAACAGAAUCUCCUGAAGAUGACUUCUCUGAAGAAGCUGACAAGGCAAUUCCACGCAUUGUAGAAACAACACGAGUGAGCUCAGUGGCAGGCUGCAUCACAUAUCACAUUGAACAUGAGAUAGACGGGGAAGAAUCUGAACAUCAAGUAGAAGAAGAUACAGAAGACGACGACUCAGGCAAGGAUGUCACACAAAAUGACAUUGGGUCAGCUUCACUGGCCAAGAAAGACAUCUUUGUGUUUGAAUCUCAGCAAGUGGAAAACUUUGCCGAGAGGGUCAUCAGCAAAGCCGUGACUGAGGCUGUAACCUCCGUCCUUACUACUGACAGUGAGAGUGACUUGUCUGACUUUGAAAAGAGCCCGGCUUAUAGCAGAAAGAACAUCAGUAGUGCCAAGGGGCAGGAAGCAGCUAAGGCAACACCUGCAAGAUUGGCAGAUGAUUCUCAGAAGGAGUCUCUCCAGCUGCUGAGUUCAGACACAUCGACAUACUCGUCCACAGCCAGCCUGGAGGACUCCUCGGAUCACACCCUGAUCUACCAGAAAUCCUUCCAGCUUCUCAGCUCAGACACCUCCACAUAUGGCUCCACGGUAAGUCUGGAAGACACGGUGGAAGACAUCUCAGACAAGACCCUGGUCUCCUCUCCAGAAGUUGAAAUGCUAGCUGACAGUGUGGUAUCCGUGGCCAUCAAGGAAGCCUUUAGAGACGCCAGUAAAGCUGAACCUGUGGGAGAACUUCCUGAGAGAACAGAGCCUGAUGGAGAGCAUCAGCCAUAUGCUGGUCCAAAUUUUGCAGUGGCUUCCACUGGUCCCCAACAACAGCCACACAAAACCUCAUGUGUUGAUGAAGACAGUGAUACUGGCAUGACUGAUGAUGAACUUGACAAUGAUAAUGAUAGCACCUCACUCUUGACCCCUCCCCCCAUGCAAGAGCCUUCAGAUGUACACCAAGUCAAUGUGGAAGAGGAAGCACAGGCCCGUCGUGAUGUCAUGUCACCUGAGAUAGCAUCUGUUCCAUCCACAUCAGCUGAGGAUGCUACAGACAUAGACAGCACAAAAGAGUUGCAAGAUGCAGAACCUACUCCCAUUGUUGUCCAUGAUCCAUCACUACAAGAACAUGAACACCCAGUAUCAGAAGUGUCGGAAAUGACUUCUGAGGGAGCUUCAGUGGUAGCAGAUUUGCCUGAGUUAAAGCAGGACCAGGAAGAAGUGCUGCCUGAGAAUGUUGACGCAUCCAUUGGUCCUGAACAUGAAGACACCACACAGGAAGAUUCCUCUAUUUCAAGUCAUGAAGGUACAUCUGAAGACAAGGCAGAGGGCAUUGUGCAACAGGUUGGGUUGGAAGAUGAUGAAGCACCAGUACCUAUUGCUGAUAUAUCCCCUGAUUCUGAAAAUCAGAACUUAUAUCCAGAGGUUGUCAAGAUAAUAUAUUCUUCAGAGGAUGACAAAGAACCAGUGGAGCAAGGUACCUUGGAUGGUAGACAUGUGGAGAACAAUAAUGACAUUGUUCCAGCUGACGCUGUCAUACAUGCACUUGACCAUAUGGAAGCUCUGGUGACUGACAAGUCUGAUCAUGAGGAAACAUCUGAAGAGCCUGAUACAGUGACUUGGGUUGAUAGCAUUGAGGAGGAUGACUUGCCUGAGGAUGAAGUAAGAACAGUGUCAGCGCCUUCUCCUGCAGAUGCUGAUGAUUCACAUCCCAAGGCAGGUGUUUGUGAGCAAAGCAACCAGGACAAGAAAAGCCCUGAGAAAGAGGAUGUGUUAGAAUGGCAACCAUUUGUCUCUGCUGCAACUGCAGGAGAUAUAUUAGAAACAAGUGAUUUACCUCCACCUGUUGACACCAGCACACCAAAUGGACACAAAGUCCCUACUGGCACUGUAGACAAAGUACUAGCUGAAGAUGAGAAGGUUCAACCAAUUCUUCCCAUGUCUACAGACAGAGAACCAGUGCCUCAAGAACAAACUGAUGAUGACAAAUAUAUGUCAGCUGCAAGCAGUGGUGAAGACAUCGACAGGUGGACAAAAGUUUCAGGGUAUAAGGCAGAAGGGUUGUCAGAUGAAAGUGAAGUACAGACAUCACAGCCUGACAGUGAAGACGACAAGGGGACAACCUCCACUGAGGACACAGGAGAAGGACUGGCAUACCAAGGGUUCACAUCUCCAGAGGCAAUGUCAACUGGAACUACUCCAACACCAACGUCUCCAUUCUUCCAAGAACCUGGCACGUCUGACCAAGGCCAGCCCUCUUUGUUUGAGCAGCACACUGACAUAGACACUCUAGAGACAUACAAAACUCAGCUACCAGAGGAUGAGCAGGCAUCUUCCAAUGAAACAGAGGAGGACGACAGUGCAUCCAGCUUCUCUGCCUCAUCAACUGACAGUGAGGAAUAUUCCGAGCAUGAUGCUUUAGUGGAGCGCAGCAUGAUGGUUUCUAGAAGUCAGUCCGAGCAAAUAUUGCCAGCUUCUAAAAGGCCGAGAACUAGUGACUGGGGUAGGCAGCAAUCGCUUGAAAGUGCAGGAAUUUCUGCUGCUGAGCCCAUUGGUGAACGCUCUAGAAGCUUACCUAGGAAUGUUGCUAUGGAUAAUGAUGAUAUGGAUGAGGACACACCUAAACAGAAGAAUACUACCAAGCUAGCAGAGCAUAAAGCCCCUGUCUCAGCUUCCAACCAUCAGCUGUCAGAUUCUUUGUCUUUGUGUGGACCCAGGCAAGUAGACGAGGCAAGGUCUUCAACAGAUGCAAAACUCAAUGACACAGCCAACAUGGAGCAGGCCUCACCGCUUAUGGAUCUCCCUACCUUGCAACCACAGGACCACAGCACCCACUUGUACCAGGAGCAGAAAACUGGAAAAACUACUGAUGAUUUGUUACAGAGUGAUACAACAGAACAGACUGAGACUGCAAAUUUGCCUACAAGUGUUGCCUACAUGCCAAACAUGCUACCUAACUCUGAACUUUACACAGCUAACUCAGCUCAAGAUGAAAAUAUUGUGAAAAGCAACGACGCUGGUGGCACUGCUCCAAGUACUGAAAGCAGUGUCAUGAUUUCGCCUUAUGAUUACCAGGGCACCUUACCAGAUCUGCCUACCAACAGCUACAGCUACCAGCAAGCAGAGAUGUACCAACAGAUGACAGGGCAUGUCAGGACAAGUUCCUUUGAAGAGGAGCUGGUUGGAAGUUACCCCAGCCUGCCGAUGAAAACAAGACAGUUUGUAGGCCCAGCUGCCACUGCCCUUCCAUCUGGAGUGCAGGGUGCCUCUGACAUUCAGACAGAGGUAGAGAAAACCUCUGAUAGGAGGAAGAUCACCCUGCCUAUGUACAGUCUGGAUAGACAGGAGAGUGAUACACUGCCCUCUGUGGAAAGUGAUGAUGGCAACAGAGAAAGAGAAACCGGACAAUGGCAAGAGCAUCUGAGUGACACAAGACAGACAGUUGUAUCACUUACACACCAACCUACUGAUCAUGAUCAUCAGCUUCUUGAACAAACAGACCACAAUUAUGUUGUAGAUGUAGAAAGUCCAAACAACCCACAACUACAUGUAUCUUCUCCCACGCUUGAGCCAGGGUUGAACAGCCAUCCACACCCUACACAACAGACAGUACAGAGACAUGAAGCUACUUCAGCUACAGCUCAACCACAGAUGGAAUCACUCCACAUCGAAGUAAGUUCUGUAGCCAGCUCAUUCCAUUCCACAUCUGAACAGGCAGUUAGCAGUCAUAACAAUACUGCAUGGGGCACAUCAGUCGGAGAUGAAUACCUUCUUAAGACAGAACUCGCUGAUGGUGUUCAGUUCCAGCAAAUGAGGCAAAACACAACAGACAUGUCACCCAGCCCCUUGAAUGUGUUUGACCUUGACCCAAAUGACAAUGACCUGCGCGUGUUGAGAGAGACCCAGGAGAGUCUGGACAGGGUUCUAGCUGAGACAGGGUCCCUGAGCCCGGUGUCGUCCACAGAUGAGGUGAGGUCCAGCGACUCGGAACUCAUGGCUCUGAUGGCUGAACUUGAAGAAGAAGAGUACCUGGAGAAUGUAGGCAAGUCCACCAGUUUUAGUGCCCUCCUGGACCAGCCGCUGAGCCCUAACAGUAGUGAUGAGGACUGGCCACACUCAGUUUCUCUUCCCAGUGUGAGGGAGAGGGAACGGUCACCAGUCAGACCUCUCAUUGUGGUCAGUAAACCCUCAGAAGUGGACCCACUACAGAUGCCUUCUCUUGACAAUAAUGCUUUGCCACAGAACACAACAGUCAGUGUUUUGGACAACCAACCUAGAGUCUCAGCAAACUUCUCUACAUUUGAACCAACAGAGAACACUGUUGAGCCACCUAACUUGAUUCCACAUGAUAACGACAGUGAAGAUGUCUUUGCACUGCCUUCUGACCACAUCAUGGAUAGCCCUGCUCAAGACCCACAGACCCAAGACACAGUUGUACUCAGAAGAAAACCCAAGGAAUCCAAGGAGUCCAAAGCAGAGACGGCAGCCAAGAGAGUGUCAUUCAGUGAUGAGGUGGACAUCCUACAGCUCAGUUCUCAGUCCUUGGCUUCUGAAACUAACGAGCCUGUGUUUACAUCACCAGUAGUCACAACCACGGCCGUCAAGAAGCUAGAUUCACCAGUCAGUACUAUAGAACUGAAGUCUAUCUUGAAACCAGAUUCCUCGCCACAGGGCAAGCUCCUCCCAGGGGCUGAAGGAGGAGACUAUCUAGAUGCUGCUGCUAAAGAAAGGAUCACCUUUUAUCCCUCAGACACCAGUGGCUUUAAAACCCCCAUAGACAGCCCCAAACUGAAGCGCAGUAACCCCAGGAAGCCAGGCAGUACUUGUAGUGAGGGGAACCUGGACAACCUGGACUCCAUCCUCACCAGCUUCACUGCUGCCACUGGAGGGAAGAGCUCCAGUAUGGACAAUGACAUCAAUGCCCUAACCAGACCACUGACCACACCUCUACAGGCUUAUGCCAUCAGGGUGAAAAAGGCAAAGGGAGAGAGCAGCAGCAGUGAAGACAGUGAGGUUGAGUAUGUGGUUGACACAGACCCAGAUCUUGAGCAAGAAUCUCCAGAGGACAUAGAACCAAAUGACCUUACAAGGGAAACUGACAGCCCUUCACAGACUCUCGACUUGGAGAAUUCUAAUAGUCAAAUGUAUAAAGAAGCGUCCACAACAGCCUCUCACAGACAGCAGUACAGAUCACCAGAGCGGUACAAGGACCCCCACUCCACACAAAGUCCAAACCAAUAUGAUUAUACAGGGACUCAGCAGGAUGCAGUUUCCGAACAACUCACUAGGGGGCAGUAUUCUACCAACAGCCCAGCACCAACAAGUGAAAUCAUUUAUGACCUGGAUAAACCGGUUUUACAACCUGACUCUCCAAGCUCCCUGGGGGGUGUAACGGAAACCGUCAGUCAGCAGGUGUCCUCAGACAUGGAAGGCAGCAUGUACACAAGGAGAACCACCACAAAUCUGCAGACUGAGAGUGCCCUGAACCUGAGGAAUGUAGCAGUCUGCCAGGAAACACAACUGAGACAACAACAGAUGGAUGAAGACAACCGAGAUGCAGUGUCACCAGGGCAGAGUACUGAGUACAGGGACACAGACAACUUUUCCCAGUUGCUGCUUGAUACAAGUGAUUUAUCCAACAACAGUGGCCAGUCUUCAGACAGCACUAACACUGCAGAACUGUUCCAGGCAGCUGAGGACUUGGUCAGUGGUUUUGAAGACACUGAGACAUUUCCUGGAACAAACCCUUCCCUCAGUCCAAGGCAAGGUAUUGUUGAUCGAGGUUCUCUUCAUCUCAACUUGGAAAGUUCCUCCCAGUCGUCCAAUAAUGCAAGUGUCUCAACAUUGGUGGAGAGAAGGGUUCUGGCCCAAAGUCAGUCAAGUGAGACGGUAUCUAUUGAUACAAGGUAUGACACUGCUAGAGGCAUGGAUAGGGAAACAGUUGGAUUGGCCAGUCAAGUCAAAAUAACCAAGGACAUGCAGACAGGAGAUGACGACAACUUACAGCCUCUCAGAGUGAUAACCCCCAGCAAGUUCCAAAAGACAGUUUCUACAGCAGACAAAGACCAGGUACACAGGUCAUCAGGAAAGUCUGUGAGCCUCCCCAGUCUAGGACCAAGUCCUCCCCUCAGAGCGUGGGACAUCUUCAGACAGAGAUACGAGCAGAAGCGGAACACCUGGGAGAAGGCGAUAGGAACAGAUGACAGGGAGAUGAGAAGUGAGGCGGUGGGUACUGAUGACAGGGAGCUGCUGCUGAGACAUGCUGCUACAGGGAUGGAUGACCUGCCUGACAGACCUACCAGGUCUCACACUACAGAAGCUGACUGGUCUCUAGAGUAUGAACACUUGUCAGGGAUUUCACUAGGCACCACCUUCUCCACGGAACACUCAACAGAGUAUCCAGAGGAGGAAGGUCCUGGGGAGUAUCACGUGACUACCGAACCGGAGUACGCAGAAAACGGCUUGUCAGAAGUAACGUCUGGGUACGGCAGCGAGUUGAACCUGCAUGCCGCUGACGCCAUCCGCCGACACCGGGAGGCCAGUCAGAAAGACAUGACGAGACAGAAGUGUUCAGAAUACAUCCAGCGACAGGAGGGGUACAGCGACGAGUCCUCCAGUAAUGAAGAGAGUGAAGACGCCUCCCUGAACAGUCCUACCCGACAGCCUGCAGGCCUGCUGAUAGAGGCAUCUGACUUGGACACAAGUCCAUCCGUCUCACCUAUGUUCCUGAGCCCUGAUGGAGAGAGGGGUAAGAAACAUGUCUCCUGGUCUCCUGAACCACAGGUUAUCAUCUCACAACAGUCUGGUGGAUCUCAGAGCACAGACUCACUUCUGGAUGAAAACCCUCUGUGCCCGACAAGUCCAGAGAUCUCCUACAGCAGUAGAUCUGAUUCUAGAACAGAAUAUACAGCAUCAGCAAACAACGUCAGGUCAUCUACACCAGCAAGAAAUUCUGUCCAGCCCACCCUGUCAGGAAGCCCACAGUUCAGAGACGCCGGAAUGUCGGUACAUUUGAGCAGCUUGCUGGAGAAGUCGGCUCACAGUGACAGUUUCACCCAGACAGACUCCUUCUCCUCACAGUCCCUCAACCUCAGCCUCUCCAGCAGUGGGUCCAGCACUGAUUUCUACACAAAAGAAAACCAGCUGCAGAACCUGAAACAUGAAAGAGACAGUAUCAUGGCUUACUUCGGACGUGAUCUCAGCAGGCAGGAGCUCACCGUAGAACUGGCCGAGGCGAAGAUCAACUAUGGCAUCGGUGAAACAGAUGCGAUGCUGAGGAUGCUCCAGUUCGGGUUACCGCUGGAUCACCCUCUGGCCGAGGUCUACAUGAAAGAGAAGGAGAAGAAGGCUUUUGAGAGGGUGCGCAGCAGAAGUGCAAGUCCUGUCCGUAACAUCAGCCCAUCAAGAACGCCCAGUGGCAGUGGCAGUGGCAGUGUGUCUCCUGAAAAGUACAGCUCGCCCACGGCACACGUGCGCACAUCACUGUCACCGCAGGAGGCCUCGACCGUGUCUCCCCAGAAACACAACCAGAUAGAUGAGCUGCUGAUGGAGUACCAGCGGGCCCGGCACCACGCUGACAUGGAGAUCAACAAGGCCAGGCAGAAGCUGAGGGAGAGGACGGAGAGCGAGCGCCGCAGGCUCCAACAGGAGAUGGAACACCUGAGGACGGUGGAGAAGGAGAAACUCAGUGCUGUGAAGAACGUAGAGAGAGCCGUGGUGGAGGAGAAGAAGAGCCUACUGAAGUGGGAGAAACCAGUCAGGACACCUGCAGAGACAGAGGGAGGGAAGACCAGACAGAUGCCCUGGCAGUUGGACGAACCACCAACACAUGACAGCCCACAGUCACCAAUACUUGACCAGCAUAUUGAUGCUGAGAUACAGCAGCUCAGACAGCAGUACACGGCACUCUCCUCCAUCAAGACUGACCACACACCCCACCCAGAGCCUGCCCGUCCCCAGCGUCCCCUGGCCCCCCGUCCAGUUGAUCGUCCCCUGGCCCCCCGUCCUGUCCAGCGGCAGCACAGUGACACCUCCUCCGUCUCCUCCACCACGUCGUCUGUGAGCAGAUGUGUGGAUGAACACUACACCAAGACUGAGGAGAUCCUCACAUCUGCAGCUGCACAGCUGCAGAGGAUCAGGGAGAGGGCCAGGAGAGCUGUCUUGAUGGGUCAGCCUGCCUCAGACGAGUCCCUGCAGGGUGUGAGGGGGAGGUCACCUACAGCCAGGGUCACUCCCAGCAGUCUGCACAACACAACACAGGCUACACCCAGCCCCAGCAGUCUGCACCCCAACCUCACUACACAAGCUGCUGCACCCCACAGGAGAGGGAAAACCACCCCAAAGGAUUUCCAGUUCUCCCAAUCGCUACAGAAAAUAGAGCAGGCUUAUCCUAGAUACAGUCCACCUACAGACCCUGCUGCACCUCGUGGAGGAAGGGCCGUGUACCCGUCAGACUUGGACUCCAUGUCAGACAUCAGUUCAGCACCGUAUCUCUCUGACGACACGCUGUCUAUAGCAAGCACAGAGCACAGCCUAGCCUGGGACAACUACGGAAACACUGCCGACUCCAUCGUGACCAGAGACCAGCCCCAGUACCACACCGCAGAGGACUUCUACGCUAAGUUCAGGAGGAAAGAUACUACACACACUGCCACACAUUCAGAACUUACCUCAUCCAGAGUACAGGAAACAUCAGCAAGGUUCAGCCAACAAAACAAGGACCUCCCAAGAGCUGGUUUGAUGGAUCCUGAGCAUCCUACCAGGGAAACCCAGGCAGGAGGAUUAAGAGAGGAAACCCCAUCUAGAACAAGGGACUAUGUUGCAGGGUUAGAGAGGAGGAGAGAAGACAUUCCUGUAGAGUUAGAACGGUACACUCCCCCCAAGAGGGUGAGUGUGGAGACAUGGGAUGAGAUGGACAGGCACUACCAGGAGAGGGUGGAGAGACAGAGGAACAACUUGUUGAAGGGGACCACAAGACCAACACCUCAGGACAGCCCAGAAACUACUGCCAGUCCAAGUCAGGAGCCCAGAUCUGCCCAACCAGAAGACCUCACAUCACUUGGCCCACGGUUGACAUCACAUGUACUGAGCGAGGUGAGCCAGGUGCUGGGUGGUGCUGGGGGCUUCUCCAGGCCUCGGGCUGCUGGAGGCUGGAUCUUCCAGUCAGAAGAGAAAGAUGUGGUGAUCUACAGGAAAAUCCUUGACAACUCACCAAUCCACUGUUUCCUUGGGGUUGGCCUGGUGGCAGCCCCAGUGGGGAUAGUGUGGGGAGUUGUGAGGGACCUGAACACACGGCGACACUAUGACAGGACACUCAAGGACAUAAGAACUGUGGCUACUUUGGGAAGAGGUGCAAGAAUUGUGCACAGUGUGCAUGAGACAUCACAGUGCUUCCUGCAGCAGCCACGGGACUUCUGCUGCCUGCUACAGGAGAGCAGCCAGGGAGGGCGGCACGUCCUGGCAGCCCAGUCUGUGUCCCAUCCCAGCUGCCCCCUGACAGCAGGGGUUACCCGAGGUCACCUGUCCCAGUGUGGGCUGGUGCUGGAGCCUGUGGUCCAGGGCAACAAGGAGGUGACCAGGGUGGCCUACCUCAUCCAGGUUGACCUAGGUUCCUCCGUACUGCCCCAGCUUGUGAACCUGGCCAGCAGGAAACAGCCUCACCUCAUCACCUACCUCUCCAACUACAUCUGUUCUCACACAUAGGCUGGACCUGCCCUGCUCAACAACACAUCAACCAGCAACCAUGUAACACUGUAGUACCAGAGCAGUAUCAAUAGGGAAGAAAUGUAGGGAAAGCUGUCACAGGAUGUAUCACUUCUCAUGUUCAAGUUCCACGUACAAUGUUACGUAAACUGAAAGAUGAUGUAGUAUGGUCCGAAAGGUUUGCUUCACUCUCACCACUAGAAAUUGAGGCUUUUGGAUCAUGAUUAGUGAGCUGCUAUGUACAUGUACAUGUAAAGAUAUAGACUGUCUGAUUUCGCAAAGGUGCUGUAAAGAAAUGGAAGGUAGCUGUGUUUGUCUAAAUGACUGAAAUGAGAAACAGUUUCUUGUAUACUGACUGAGCAAGUUUUGUGCCAUCAGAGUGCCAAAGAAAAUGGUCCUGACUGUUAUGAAUUUGAAAGUGGAGGGUUGCAACUGAGGUAACAUUGGUGCAAUCACUACGCAAGAUUCCACUGGCUUUUGAAAUCUGGAGUGGUCACUUCUAACUUGUCUGUGGGUUGAUUCUUCUCACUAGUGGUCUUACAAAGGAUGCUUAAAAUAUGAACUCACUUGGCAGAGAUUAACAAAGUCAUGUAGCAAUUGCUGAGGUCAUGUCUAUAGGUGUACGAAAUGUUUGAAAGGAGGGACUACAUGUAAGUUGUUAAGUUAAAAAUUUCUACCCUACCAGUCUGAUGGACUCGGUUGUUUGUAUGUUUUAAAAGAUAAAUUUACCCAGUAUAAGAGUAUCAAAGUUGGCCAUUGUUAAUUGUACUUACAUACAUGUCCGAAGUGUGGUUGCCACCCUUGCCAACUUGUCAAGAAUAACGACAACUCAACUGUUCCAACACGGUGUAGACUUUCUCAAUGUGCAAAAAAGAGAUAUCUUGCCUUUAGUUAUCCAAGUCAACAGAGUAUAGAAUGUAUACAUGACAUGAUUUUAAACUAUUCUAUACAGAGUAUCAAGGAAUUACUAUAUGUAGAUGUGCGGAUAUUUUAACCAAUUUUUAUUGGGCAACGUCUGUGAAACAAGAGUUCACAUCGCCUAGUUGCCAAACUAUAGGUAGAUGGAAACUAUUGAAAUUCGGAAAAAGUAAGAUAUGUUUGGAUAUGUCCUUUGUGUGUGAUUUGAGCAAAGCUGUCAUCUUAUUCCUGGCCUGUUUUUGUGUUGAAUUUUUAUUAGAAGCCAGCUGUAUAUGUUGUUCUAGUCGUCUUACAAGCUGAUGAUGUACAUAUGCGUGAAUGUGCCAAGGUCGAAUACUCUGUCUUGUUCUCGUUCCUUCUGUAUGAACUGUACAGGCCAAAAGUUUUUAUUUGGAGAUAUUUUUGUACAAGAUCAUAUUAUGUGAGAUUCUAAUAUUUAUGCCCAGUGUAGGUGUGUGCCCACAAGACAAUCAUUUGUCAAGUUGUAUUUAUAUAUUGCAUGUAUUUAUAUUGACACCAUACUUUGGCAUUUUUUUUAUCAUAUUUGCUUGUGAAAGUCCAAAAUUUCUGGCUGUAAAUUUUCCGAUGAUUGUAAAAUGAUUGUGAUCAGGUAAUUCAGAAAUAUUAAAGCUGUAUUGAACAUGUACAAAUAUAA